AUUGUCAAAAUUAUGAAAGAAACAAAUUCCUUUUAGGGGCAUUUUCUUUUUUGUGUAGUAUUUCACUAAAAACAAAGUUUCAAGAUAAAAACUAUGUGCUUAUCCACCAUAUAAUACAUUUAAUAUUGUGUUAAGUAUAUAAUAAUUUUAAUAUUUAAGGCUGUCACUUACAUUGCAGUCUUUAAAACACAACCACGAAAUAACAGGAGGUCCAUACAUUUUGGGUAAACAAUUGCUUGUACUUGGUAGUUGCAUCGAUCCGGCAUUAUACAGUCAAUUUUCGAUGCUAACACUCCUUCUUCGCAACAGUGUCGUCUGUAUACGACAAGCCAACUGUGCCAAUGUUGGAGGUGCGAUACGUCAAUUCCGAAUUACAAUCCGCCAAGAAGCACAGCUUCCAAAUCUUUCGCCGUACGAUAUCAAUUUAAUAUUGCGAGAAAACGAGUACAUUCAAACGUUUUCUGAAGAUGACAGCAUAGUGCGAAGCUAUGAAUCCAAUCAAUUAAGUUCAAAUAAACCUUGUGAAGAUUCCCGUACCGAAGCCACUUUUUUACAUAAAAAUGGUUUCAUAUGUGGAAUAUUUGACGGUCAUGGUGGACCUGCCUGCUCUCAAGUUAUUUCCAAACGCUUACUACGAUAUGUUGCGGCAGGAGUCAUAGACAGGGGGACAUUGAAUGAAAUAAUAGCCAAAGAUUACAACAGUCAAUCAUUUCUAAGAUGUCAUAAUGAUAAGGCUGAUUUCGUAUCCGAAAUAAAAAAUAUAUACGAAAAUAGCUUUAGGGAAUAUGUGAAAACAAUUUCUGGACAGACAGCACAGGACGUCGCAUUUGAAAUAAGCAACGCCUUUAUGCGGCUGGAUGAUGAUUUAUCAAAAGAAGCCUUAAAACACACAAAUAUGCGCACGAUGUCGGUGGCAAUGUCAGGAGCUGUGGCUUGUGUAGCUCAUAUAGAUCAACUGAACCUGCAUGUUGCCAGCACUGGUGAUUGUGGCGCAGUUUUAGGUAUACAAUGUCCCGAGACAGGGCAGUGGCAAUCGAAGAAAUUAAACAAUGAGCACAACGCGGACAAUCUUAAAGAAGUACAACGCAUCUUGGAAGAACACCCCAAAGAAGAGCAUGACACAGCCAUACGUAAUGAGCGUUUAUUAGGCCAAUUAGCGCCGUUACGUGCGCUCGGAGACUUCCGUUACAAAUGGAGUAACGAGGUAAUGGAUAAAUACGUUGUGCCUACUUUUGGGGAGCACGCAGUACCACCGCAUUAUUACACACCACCUUAUCUAACGGCGUUGCCAGAAGUACAACAUCAUGUGCUGCAUCCCAACGAUAAAUUCCUGGUUAUAGCUAGUGAUGGUUUGUGGGAUUUCUUAACACCAUCACAAGUUGUUGGGUUGGUUGGCGAGCAUUUAAAUUCCAAGAAGGUAUUGGAACCGAUGAAGUUACCACCUGGGGAUGUCACAUUACUGGAGGUAUCCAAACUGUUAGCUGAGCGAAAAGCUGGACGUGCAAGAAAACCACUGGAUCAGAAUUCUGCAACGCAUUUAAUACGCAAUGCGUUGGGUGGCACCGAUUACGGUAUUGAACAUUCGAAAAUUGCUUACUAUCUCUCAUUGCCGCAGGAUGUGGUGCGCUUGUAUCGCGAUGAUAUUACGAUUACAGUCAUCUAUUUCAACACGGAAUAUAUAACAAAACUCAAUGAAAAUACAUAGAAUAGAUAAUACGUAAAAAUGCUGCGAACUAAACUUUACCUCAAUGCAGUCAGUUUAGCUAAAAACCAAGCCAUUAUUCCGCCUUCAUACCACUAUAUACAUAUAUACAUAUAUCAGUACAAUAUUUUAGUUGUGUGUAAAUAGCUAAUAAUGAUUAUUUAAUUACGUGUUAGCAUAAUUUGUUAAUGGUUGAAUAGAAACCAUUCAUGUUCCUUGUAAAUUUCUUUACAACAUCGUAGCUUUUACUCGUAUGCAAUGAAUAUCAAUUAUUAAUUUGUACGCUUUACGUUGUCGAAAGCUGAUUUUAACAUAAAUUGUAAUAUGUUUUGCAAUAUUUAAAUUCAUUGUUUUAGUUUUUAAGUUUAAUUGUGAAUGUGGAGCGGUCCAGUUUUGGUUAUUGUUCAUCAUGAAAUUCAUGGGUAUUCAUACAUGAAACUAUAAAUAAACGGAGAUCUAAUUAAAUUCAUAUA